UUCUGUGUAAGAAAUAUCUUAUCUUAGGUGUGCAGACCGAAGUCUAGAGUAUCUUCAAGCUUCAACUUCUUAGCUAUGUCGGCCGAUGAUUCUUCAAAUGCUAUAGAUAUAGACGGGAAGCUCGGCUCCAAUUCAAACCUUAACUCUGACGGUGACGAUGCGGCGGAUAAUGAUUCCUCCAAGACAUUGACUAUUCCUGCUCCCGCCGUUUGUCUUGUCCGGUUCGCCGGAGAUGCAGCUGGUGGUGCCGUCAUGGGCUCUAUCUUUGGAUAUGGUUCAGGAUUGUUCAAGAAGAAAGGCUUUAAAGGAUCAUUUGCAGAUGCAGGGCAGUCAGCAAAGACAUUUGCUGUUUUGUCUGGAGUACACAGUUUGGUUGUUUGCCUUCUGAAACAACUGCGAGGGAAAGAUGACGCCAUUAAUGUCGGAGUUGCUGGGUGCUGCACCGGUCUUGCUCUUAGUUUCCCUGGUGCUCCACAGGCUCUUCUACAGAGUUGCCUCACUUUUGGGGCUUUCUCUUUUAUCCUUGAGGGACUAAACAAAAGACAAACAGCGUUGGCUCACUCGGUCUCCUUAAGACACCAAACCGGAAACUUUGAAGAUCAUCAACGUCCUUUACCACUCUCCCUGGCUCUCCCGAUCCAUGAAGAAAUCAGAGGAGCCUUCUCUUCUUUCUGCAAGUCCUUAACUAAACCCAAGAAGAUCUAAAUUCCCCAUGAUUCUACUUUUCUUGUGCCUUAGGUUCUCUCUGUAGAUUCUUAAUCAUUCCCUGCUUUUGCUGUACUUUGUGAGAGAAUAUUUUAUGAAAGAUCUUUUGAUAUACUUUUUGUACCGUUUGCUCUAAUAAUACGAUCUUUUGUUCCAAA